AUGACGUUGGAGGUAUCAUCCAAACACAUCAAUGCCGACGCCGACGGCGGGCAUGGAAAGGCGCCUCAAACAAUUCCAAAGUUGAUUCCUGGUUCUCGAAGAAAGUCUGCUCAGCAAUCUGGCUCAUCAGAACUUGCCCCCCAAACACCUACAUUACCCGCUCCUCCGUUGAUCGAAUCUAUACAUUUCACCACGCCAGUCAAGAGAAUCCUGUCACCGGGUGACCAUGAAAAGUUCCUCGCCUCAUCAACCUACGUGCUGAUCCUGGGAUGGAUCUUUACCCUCGCUGAUUGCGUUCGCGGCCGUCGAAUUUCCGCGCUGGACACUCAGAAUUUGUCAACCACCAUCAAGAACCUCGAUGCCGUGCUUGACCACCUGGAAGGAAUGUUAAAACAGUAUCCGCCUCUCGACACGGGAUCGAGAUUUGGCAAUCCGGUCUUUCGCAGUUUGCACAAAGCCAUUGUAAGAGACGUGGACAGAAUACACAAGGACAUAUUGGGGCUGCAUAAUGAGGAUGCCAUCAAAGAGAUAUCUGUCUAUCUGAUCAACUCGUUUGGUUCUGAGGAGCGACUCGAUUACGGGUCGGGCCACGAGCUGAAUUUCAUGAUGUGGUUACUGUGUCUAUACCAGCUGAAGCAGAUCGAACGAGAAGACUUUCAGGCAAUCGUACUGCACACUUUCGUCCGAUACCUGAACCUCAUGCGAAAGAUCCAGAGCACAUACUACUUGGAACCUGCAGGAAGCCAUGGAGUUUGGGGCCUUGACGACUACCAAUUCUUGCCCUUCUUGUUUGGAGCAAGUCAGCUCGUCGGGCACCCGUAUAUCACGCCCAGGUCGAUCCACAACAAUGUUGUUCUGGACGAGGAAGGCGACGACUACAUGUACCUCAACCAAGUCCGAUGGGUGGAUAGCGUCAAGACUGUCAAGGGACUGCGCUGGCACAGCCCCAUGCUAGACGAUAUCUCGGGGGCAAAGAGCUGGCAAAAGGUGGAAGACGGCAUGAGAAAGAUGUUCGUCAAGGAAGUGCUGGGCAAGUUGCCCAUCAUGCAACACUUUCUAUUUGGAGGCCUAAUCCCGGGCACUGAGGAUAUGGGCCAACUGGACGAGGAGACACUGCGGGCUCAGGCGGAGAGAAUGCAGCAUGUGAAGGAAUAUGGGCACGAGCCUGACUACUGGGGCGACUGCUGUGGUAUCAAGGUGCCCAGCACGGUAGCAGCAGGCGAAGAAAUGAGGAAGCGCAUGGGCACGUCGGGCGCACUCCGCCCAAUACCUUUUGAUUGA